CAGGCACGCUGCAAUGGAACAUUCCUGCAGUCUUCUUUCUUUUCUCGCCCGUGAUGUACUUUUUAGCUCUUGAUUUAUGUUCUGAUGACACUGCUUUUUGCGCGAUUUCUUGUCCCGUCUUCAAAAUGGAUGCAAUGCAGAUUCUGAAGCGCGCCUCCGUAACAACGCAUCGCAGUGUUUCACGACGCCUGUCAAGCGCUUGCUGCCCAUGGAGUGUCGAUGGCAGUCUAGGUCUGGUGCUGCCGUCAUCCCGAAAAAAAAACACCGCACGGCCGUUUUGGCCAAAGACAGAAGCCCAUUCCGCGGCUUCUGGAAAGCCAAGAUCAUCAACCGGUUGUUGCGGAGCCCACGAACCAUGUCAAGCACUGCGGUAUUCUUUAUCGAGUUUGAGUUUGCCGAGGGGUUGACUAGCCCAGAAUGAUACCACUUGGCGGUAUCUCUUACUGAUGGAUUCGACGCAACGCGGCACUACUCCCUUGGUCGAUCCCGAUCUUCGGCCGUUGUUCUCUUCCACCAUCGAGGGAUUUCUCAAGAAGAGGGAAAAAAAAAAAAAAAAAAAAACCACAUCGGGUUUCCGUGCUGUCGAUUGGCCGGCGGUUUUUCUGUCUGUCUGGACCGCGCCUUACGCACGAAUGAGCUGGGAUGCUAAACUGCAACCUCGGUAUUUAGCUCGUCAGUCAACGCCCACAGACUGGACCAGCACUUGGACCCCGUCAGCGGCUCUGUCUGUACGCUUCCCUUGCGGCAAAGGCGAAACAAGACUUAGUAAGUUUGCCCCUACGGGCUGGUCCACCAGUUUGCUUCGCAUGGCUCCGACAAUAAUAGCCACGUUCCCCCGAUGGUUACAUACAGUGGUAGGUUCCCGCAGGAGGCCUCGAGCGCAGAUCGAUCGGCUUGCCGCUCCCAAAGUCUUGAAUUGAUAUAAGGUACUUGCCUACCUGCCUACCUGAUUACGUCGUAUUACUUCGAGACCUACAUACCCUGCCUAUCCACCCAACCACCUUGCCACCUACCCACCUGACCCUUACGUGCAGAAGCAUAUCUGGUCAAACCGAACCAGGGGAAGAAGCCUUGCUUCCCAGAAUUCUACCCUUGACCCCUCAUCCCUACUGUUCAGGGGUAAUAAAUGUCAAUCUUAUAAAAAUUCGUGAACACGAAUGAACAAGCCAAGACUCCUUCCUCGGCUGGCAUGACCUAAACUUCAACAUGCGCAUACCAUCCCAUCUCUAUCUUUGUUUCGGUGACCUAGAUGCAGCUUGCGUACGCCGCGGCGGCAUCGCAGGCUUUGCGUUUAAGCACCUCUUCCCACCGCAAGGACGUUCAAGUGAAUGUCUCGAAAGUCAAAGACAAUUGCAAACGGAUGAGCGCUCAACUGCCGCCUGGCACCCCCACCCCACGAACCGCGGUGUUUCCAUACCAGGCAGGCCACUGAUGGCAGGCGUCCCAAAUCCUGCUUGAUCGGCAAACCCGUCAACGUCCAAAUCAUAGGAGACAAGGCCUGAUCUGAUCUUACCAUUGCGCUUACUCACAAAAUUCUACCGGUUCAUCCCUUGUCCAGUCGUCUGUAUUCUAACCGAUUAUGACAUGCACCCUGGAUAUAUGCGAGGUAUGCGCUAGAAAACUCCACUUGCUCAACGUUUGUGUUGACGCGGUCUUUGUGCCCGUCUCUUGUCUAUUUUGUUUUUGGGUCCUCUCGUUUUGAUUCUUCUUUGUGGUACUUGUUUGGAAUUCUCUCCCUUGUUAAACACACUUUUGCCCCACGGGUCGGUAUAUGUGCCCAACCGGAUGUCCUAGCGGGUCCUACGACAACGGCAAAUAAAGAAAGUAAAUCCCCAGUAACGAGACCACGGGGCAAGUCGCUAUUGCUCGAAAUAGCUACCUAGUCGUUAUCAGGCGAUGAUGGUCUGGCCUGUCACUGGUCGGGCCCGUUGACCUCCUCUCUGCCGUCUUGUUGUCUAUUAGGUGUCAGUGACAAUUACUUCGAUCUUUAUUCCACGCCCGACAUCAAAAUUGUUUCGGUCCAAAGUUCAGGACGAGAGAAAACCUACGAGAUGAGUUCCUCAUCUGCUUCGCGCAAGUCGCGCAAGUCCCGCAGCGGGUCGAGCGUCAUGUACACAAACGCAGUGUAUUUCCCGAAUCACCAUAUAUACAAGGGGGACACACCGGGGCAGCUCAACUACAGCUGUAUAAGCCAUGUGUUUUAUGCUCAUGCACAAGUGUCUAGCGAUGGGAGUGUUCUUUUAAGCGACGAGUGGGCAGACGCAGGCGCAUCCUGCGAUGGGGUCAAAGGUGGCCUCGGCUCACUAAUGUACCUGAAGCAAAAACACCCUCACCUUCUAGUUGUAUUAUCGGUGGGAGGUGGCAACUCCAGCGAGAUAUUUCCCCACGUGGCUGCUAGCGCUGUCCGCCGGGACAACUUUGCACGAUCGGCUCAGGGACUGGUCGACGCAUCUGGACUCGAUGGGAUUGACGUUGACUGGGAAUACCCCUCCGACCCACAACAGGGGGCCGAUUUCGUUGCCCUGUUAGCCGCCGCACGCCUCUAUCUGACUGAGGACCGAUAUAUACUCACAGCGGCUCUACCGGCGGGCAUUUCGGUUCUGCAGAAUAUCAAUCUGGCAAUGGCCGCGGACUAUCUGGACUAUAUAAACAUCAAAGCAUACGACUUGUACGGAUCCUGGACGCAUAAAUGUGGCCAUCACGCUCAAUUGUACGCUAAAGGCAAGGAUGAAUCAUCGGGGUCAUCGACCGUACAUUAUUUGCUAUCACGGAAAGUUCCCGCCAAGAAGAUUCUCCUUGGGAUUCCCAUAUACGGGCGAAGUUUCCUCAACACUACUGGACCAGGGCACAGGUUCAAGGGUACCGGGGGAGAGCAUGGUGUAUUUGAAUAUCGCCAGCUCCCAAGGAAGGGAACGCGGGAGCAGGUCGAUAAGGGGCUCGUUGCGGCGCAGUGCGUCGGUGGUGACGGCGGCUUCGUCACAUACGACAAUCCAGAAACAGUCAAGAUGAAGGCUACAUAUUGCAAGCAGAAGGGCCUAGGUGGCCUUUUCUAUUGGGCGGGACCAGCAGACUCUAAGGACAGUAAAAGAAGUCUAAUAGCGGCUGGAUUCAGGACUUUGCACGGUACCUGAUAGCCUCAAGCAGCUUAUAGGCUAUGACAAGGGCACAGCCAAGGAUGUUGUCUGCCACCGAGUUCGAAUAAGGACUUGGUGUUGCCGAACAAGUCACCCCGAUAUUUGUGUCACAAGAAGCGCGUGUUGGUGUAAGAGCUUGCCGUUGUCUUUGCGGACAGCAUGGCAAGGCAAUCGGCCGAUCUAUACGCGCGUAUAGGUGCCAUGACACUUGGCAUGGCUCUUUUUUUUGGCCUACCUGUAGGCGCCAUGAUAUUUUGAUAAUCGAUUCAUCGGGUGAUGUGGGCUAUGGCAAAGUGGCUCACAACGGGAAAACAGCACGUGCAUAGGGUGGGAAGGUUCUUCUGUCUCAGGUUUGGCGGACGGCAUGAGGCAACCAGCAACCCCCUUGGAAUUUGGUUUGCAGAAUAAUUAGAGUCAAGCUUGUCUUUUUUUUUUUUUUUUUUUUGU